AUGGCGGCCUCGAAGGUCGAAAUCAAUUUCCGCCGUCUUUUGGAACGCUGCGAAGCGAUGGCCUCAGAAAUCCAGGAGAAUAAAGAAAACGUAAGCUGGAGGUUGGAAAAAGUGAGUUAUAGCAUUCAUAAAAAAAAUUGUUUUCUACUGUUACCCUUCAUAGGAUUUGAACAAACUGUCGACCCCACUAGCUGUCUGGUCGCGUUUGUAACAAUUUUUCACCGUUUUUCUACUCCAUAUUGCAGUAUGUUUUAACGUUACAGAGGCAAGCUGCCGAACAAAAAAAUUCAGAAAGGUUAGUUUUUAAAUGCAGAGUAUUAAGAUAAAAGUUAAACGAGCAAUACGUCAAUGUAAAAUAGUGCUUUUAAAUAACACAGCUGAUCCAGGUAGUCUUUACUCUGACGGGUCUUUAUGUCUGGUCGAUUGUAUUUAUUAAUAAUAUUUUAGUCAUCACAAUAGAGCUUUUUUAUCAGUACCUGACCCAGUUAAAUAAAGGAGGAGAAAGUUUUUUCAUAUUAAAGGAAAGAGUUCAACGUCGUGGUAUAACGACAGUAGACGUAGCUACAAUUGUAGUUCAUUGUUUAGUUUUGGUAACCCAAUAUGGCGGACUAAAGUAUACCUGUAUCGUACAAACGCGCUAUAAUGGUAAAUCUAAUUAAUUGAUAUCAACUAAUCUGGCAAUGGAAACGAGACCCAUAUGCACAUUUCCCCUGUUACCGUAUGUGUGUACUAACUGUUAAACUUUUAUCAAAUACACCUUUUGCUGAUCAUUUAGGCGAAAAAGAUAUUCAUUUUCGCGAAUUGUAGAAUCAAUAUCACUUUCGAUUGUCAUAAGAUGUUAAUGAUUUUCUUUUGGUGAUACUGAUUGUCAAUUGCGCGUGUUUAAAUGUCCACUUGGCGUCCUUGAUUGUCGAUAGAUGCUCUUGUUUGUUCGUUGACACUAUUGAAGGUUUAUAAACGUGCAAAUUGCGCUCUUGAAUGUUCCGUGGCGUUGAUGAAGUGCUUCUUGGUGUUAUAGAAUGUAUAUUCGCCUUAUUGAUUCUACACUAAGCGAAAAUGAAUAUCUUUUUCGCCUAAAUGAUCAGCAAAAGGUGUAAAAGUGAACGUCUCUUUUACAGUGCAGUAAGUAAGCUCAUCCAUAACCUGGAUUAGACAGGACUCCAGCCUUGAAAAUAACUUUUUUUGACCCUGUUGGCUUCAGUUUGGCGUAAAAACAAGGUGGGGGCCCACACCCCUCGGCACCUUCCCCUAGAUCCUAGAUCCUGUCUAUCAGUAGCGUAAAGGUAGACAUCUCCCUUCGGUAGAAGGCAGCGGUUGGCUGGUCUUAGCUAAAUUUAAGUUGUCUAGCAGUAUACAACAUUCUGAAAGGCAGAUGACUUGUGUCUGUAACGUACUGUAGGCAUCAGUGGUCAGGGAUGUAGAUAAUAGCCGGGAACCGGGAAAAAUACCCGGAUGUCAACAUAAUUUUUCCAGCUGAAAAAAAAUGCAGUCUUUAAAAAGGCAACUGUUUUCUUCUCCUGUUAUCUGCCCAUCAAAUGCCAUUUCCCAUCAGUUAUAAAUUUAAGCUACAUCCUUGGUGGUUGGCUGUUAUCAGCUUCCGAGUUUCACUUUUUUGUCACUCUGUAACUAAAGUUUCUUCAAUUCAAAGCAAACAUUCACAUGGUGAAAAAAACCUCUAAUGAAGAUACUGGUGGUUGUUUAAUUUUUUGCAUCACCAAUAAGUGUAGCUAGCAUUUCAGGUCAUGCCUCUUAUGAUUAAAAAAGCGGACCUUUUCAAAAACUGGGAAAUCAAAAUAGUUUGGUUCCAUCAGCUUGUCGAGUCACAUGUAAGAUACAUUUUUGGAAAUAAUCAAAACUUUAAAUAUGACUUAUUUUUUUGUCUUGUUACAGCAAACCAAGUCCAGACACAAUGACUGAAUACAACAAGAAAGUAGAGUUCCUUAAAGGUUUAAUAGAAACACGGAAAAUGGUGAGACAAGGAUCAAUGUUUUGAAAUCUUAAGAUGCCAAUCUGCUGUUGCAUGCAAAUGAGAAAAAUUAUUGUUUAGGAAUAACUAGGAAAUGAUUGUCAGCAGAGAAUAUACAAGUACAAUAAAUUGUAUAUCAUUUGCACGUGACCUUCCAUACAUUGUCUCUGUUUUAUUUAUGUGAGAAAAACUUACAUGCAUAUGCACGUAAAAAUUAUGCAACAGUGGAAAUCUACCAAAAGUCAUAAGGGGAAAAUCCAGGCACCCUUCAAUUUCUACUGGCUCUGAAAAUACCAUGAUAAUUUAGGUUUGUUAGAAGCUCUCAAAUUCUCCUUUCCAAGGGUUUGUUCCCUUUAAUUUUCUAUUUUAGUUAGUGUAGAUCCAUGUAAAAUAAGACUUACCUUCAUUUUAUUAUGUAGAAAUCACCAACAGAAAAACUUCUCGCCAGUCGGAAGUUAGUGCGUCCGCUGAGUCAAACAUCCAAUGCACUGCAGACCACAGAGGCAGACAAAGGACAAACAGUAAACAGAGCACAAGAACUACACAUCAGGGCCAAGUCACAGAUUAAUAAAGAGAUGAGAAGUGAACUUCUGGGAAAAGGUGAGAAUAAUGCAGCUAAAAAUAUUUCACUUCUGAUACAAUGAACUUGUAAGUUAGUUUAUUUGAUAUUUUGUUGAUUUUUGCAAGGAUCAUGCACAUUACUGGCUUACAUUUCUCGACACAUUAUGAAGGUUUUCUUAGCUUAAUAUUGUGAGUCACAAAACUAAGGACCUUCAGGGCACCUUACCAUGACACAUUAAUUUUGCCUUGUUUUUUGGGCAUUUUGUGACCUGAAAUACUUUUAUUUUUUAAAAAUAUUGAACAAAAUUAUUUAAUUGAUUUAUUAGUGCUAGAAGUUAACUAGGAACCUUGCUCAUUUUCCAGACAGUAAGAAAGACAGUCAUGGAGUGCGAAACAGGUGACUGAUUAUAUUUUACUUGCAUAUUACUAGUUUGGUCCCUUAGCCACUGUAAUAGAUAGCUCUUCAUUUUUAAAUCCCCCAUAAUCACUCUGUUUGCUCGCUACAUUUAGCAUAAACUGUGGUCUUCAAAUGUAGCCUGCGAGCAAGCUCUUCAGGGUGCUCUUGCAGCGGGAAAAAGCUGAUGCGAAAUGCUUAUUGGCGGAGAUGACAUUGGUAAUGAUGUCAUUACCCUUGAUGCGUGCUUUCAUGUGUUUUUCAAUACNACAUUUCUCGACACAUUAUGAAGGUUUUCUUAGCUUAAUAUUGUGAGUCACAAAACUAAGGACCUUCAGGGCACCUUACCAUGACACAUUAAUUUUGCCUUGUUUUUUGGGCAUUUUGUGACCUGAAAUACUUUUAUUUUUUAAAAAUAUUGAACAAAAUUAUUUAAUUGAUUUAUUAGUGCUAGAAGUUAACUAGGAACCUUGCUCAUUUUCCAGACAGUAAGAAAGACAGUCAUGGAGUGCGAAACAGGUGACUGAUUAUAUUUUACUUGCAUAUUACUAGUUUGGUCCCUUAGCCACUGUAAUAGAUAGCUCUUCAUUUUUAAAUCCCCCAUAAUCACUCUGUUUGCUCGCUACAUUUAGCAUAAACUGUGGUCUUCAAAUGUAGCCUGCGAGCAAGCUCUUCAGGGUGCUCUUGCAGCGGGAAAAAGCUGAUGCGAAAUGCUUAUUGGCGGAGAUGACAUUGGUAAUGAUGUCAUUACCCUUGAUGCGUGCUUUCAUGUGUUUUUCAAUACUUGUUUAGCUUCGUGCGCAUUUCUGCUUUGCACUUACUUGCAAGCUCUCCUUCCUUUUUCUGCCCUGCUGCCACAGUGUGAUCUGGAGAGAUUGCUUGCACGCUACUUCAAAUGCUCCUGGGAGAAGUGCAUAAUUUCAAUGGCAUUUGAACACAAAAACUUUACUUAUAUGCAAAGCCUGGGAGGCAAAAGCAAUGUUUUUUGUGGUAAUUCAAAAAAUAAUAGUUAAUGGAAACAAAUCCCUGAUAGCAAGUCAGUGUUAAUGCUCUGGUGUUAACUUUUAACAUACUUUCUGCAACAUUGAAUUGUUAGUUAGUGUGGUGAACAAUUAAAAUCUGCCUUCUAUAGCUUGUGUUCCAGCUCCAGGCCCACACAUUUUAAAACCUCAGAGUGUGUUCCAUUUGAAUGAUCUAAAUAAGAAUCAGUGACCUGUGAUCACUCAGAUUGUAGCAAAUUAUUCAAAUAAGGAUCACUCAGAUUAUAGCACUUCAAAGGAUCAGACAAAUCGACCCUGGGAAAGGAUUCAUCAGUUCACUUGAUGUACCAUGAUCUGAAUAAUCUCUAAUCUAAAUCACUCAAAGGAACUCACCCUUAGGCUAUAAUUAUAGCUAGGCUAUACGUGUAGUGUCUGCCAUACACUGGAUACCUGUUUUUGACAAACCUUUUUCUUGAAGAUUAACAGGCAACAAGAAAAGUGAUGCAAAUGAUGAAAGCAUUGACUCAGUUCUACAAUACCAUCAGAACUUACAAGAAAAUAUAGCAGAGGAAAUGAUAAAAAAUGGCUCAGCAUAUAAAACAUACAUCUGUCAUGGCCAGCAACAUUAUUAA